AGCCCGCCCGCCGACGGGCCCGAGGCCGACAAGAAGGAGGAGGACCUGGAGGCUCUGCACGGCGAGGCCGAAGAGGACGUGCUGCGGAACGGCGAAGAGGAAGACGAGGAGGAUGAGCUGGAUGAGGAGGAGGAGGAGGAGGAGGAGGAGGAGGACGAUGAGCAGAAGCCCAAGCGGCGCGGCCCCAAGAAGAAGAAGAUGACCAAGGCGCGCCUGGAGCGCUUCAAGCUGCGUCGCAUGAAGGCCAAUGCGCGGGAGCGCAACCGCAUGCACGGCCUGAAUGCGGCCCUGGACAACCUGCGCAAGGUCGUGCCCUGCUACUCCAAGACGCAGAAACUCUCCAAGAUCGAGACGCUGCGCCUGGCCAAGAACUACAUCUGGGCGCUGUCUGAGAUCCUGCGCUCCGGCAAGAGCCCAGACCUGGUCUCCUUCGUGCAGACGCUGUGCAAGGGCCUC